AUCCCCCCUCCACCAAACUUUACACAAUGCAGUCAGACAAGUACUGUUCUCCUGGCAACCACUAAACCCAGACUCGUUCAUCAGAUGGAGAAGUGCAAUUCAUCACUCCAGAGAACACGUCUCCAUUUCUCUAGAGUCCAGUGGCUGCGUGCUUUACACCACUGCAUCCAACACUUUGAAUUGCACUUGCUGAUGUAUGGUUUGGAUGCAGCUGCUCGGCCAUGGAAACACAUUCCACGAAGCUCUCUACGCACUGUUCUUGAGCUAAUCUGAAGGCCACAUGAAGUUAGGAGGUCCGUAGUGAUUGACUCUGCAGAAAGUUGGUGACCUCUGCACACUAUGAGCCUCAGCAUCCACUGAGCCCGCUCCAAGCAUGGGCACACAUAGGGCACAAGGGGUGUUUGAGCCCCUGCCCUUUUUGUGUGUGUGUGUUUUUUUUUUGUUUUUUUUAAUGAAUAAAUACAUUCCUGUUUUGCAAAGGGAUGUCAAAAAACAAAACAAAACAAAACAAAACAAAAAAACAGCGGUAUGAAAACACCACAGUUAUCAAACACAUGCAUUUCCUUGUUAUAUGAUGUUGUGCAGGGACGUCAAGAUUUAGAGGGGCAGGAGCUCAAAGUCAGAAAAGGGCAGUACCUACAAUUUUUUUUUUAUCAUAAAAUAAAGUUUAAAAAAAAACAUAUUAUUAUUAUUUCAUUUGUUUGCAUUCAUUUCCUCCCGUUUUUGUAUCACUCAUAUACACAUAAAGUCAAUGAUGGGGAGAGUGGUGGCGGCACAGGUUCAACUACUGGGGCGGGGAGCAGGCGAUUCAUAUUCAUAGAGCAAAACCAAUGCAAUUAGUCAGAUAAAGUCAAUCACAUCACAAAUUCAUUCCACAUAAAUCACAUUUCAGUCAUAAUAAUAUUGUGAAUAAAAGCUAAUAGUUUCACAUAAUCCAUUAUUUUUUUAAUUGUGCUCUUCAUGCAUUGAUCAUUUAUGUUGUAUUUUAAUGCAAAUGCAGGGGCACUUUUUAAAUAUUUUGGAGCACCCUCUGCCACCAGCCAGGAUGAGGAGCUAUCUACCUCCGCAGCAACACAUAUGUCUCCACAAAUGCUGUCUGAUCCUGAGGAUGAAGACCCAAUUACCUCUACUUCUCCCCAGCAAGACUCCUCAGGUUGUCAGCAGCAUUAUAAAGACCGCCCAGUGUUGCCCACCUCAGUUUAUCAACUCAAAGAACAACCAGCACACAUAGAGAAGAUGGAGUCGGACACCAAAGCUGGGCCAGUGCGUGUGAUGGUGACUGGUGGAUCUGGGAUGUUGGGCAAAGCCAUUGAGCAUGUGGUGAUGAACGAAGGUCUGAAACGGGAGGGAGAGGAAUGGAUCUUCCUCUCUUCCAAAGAUGCUGAUCUUCGAGACCUCGGGCAGACCAAAGCUGUGUUCAAGAAGCACCGUCCGACUCAUGUCAUCCACCUCGCUGCAAAAGUCGGGGGCCUCUAUGAGCACAUGAGGGACAACCUGCUUUUUCUGAGCGACAACCUCAGAAUCAACGACAACGUGCUGCAAACAGCCCACGACACGGGCGUCAUCAAGGUUGUGUCUUGCCUGUCCAGUUGCAUCUUCCCUGACAAAAUCACAUACCCCAUUGAUGAGACCAUGAUACACAAUGGAUUACCUCAUGACUCCAAUUUUGGAUACUCCCAUGCUAAACGGCUGAUUGAUAUUCAGAACAGGGGAUACUUCGAGCAGUAUGGCCAUCGUUACACUGCAGUCAUCCCGACCAAUGUGUUCGGUCCCCACGACAACUUCAACAUAGACACAGCCCAUGUGAUGUCGGCACUCAUCGGCAAGACAUACAAAGCCAAAAUGGAAGGAACUCCUGUGACUGUAUGUGGCACUGGAGCUGCAAGAAGACUGUUCACCCUUUCCUGGGACGUGGGCCGUCUGAUUGUUUGGGUCCUGAGAGAAUAUGAUGAAAUUCAACCAAUUAUCCUCUCUGUGGGUGAAGAGGAUGAGAUCUCCAUCAAAGACGCUGUGGAAAUGAUCGCAGAGGCUCUGGACUUCAAGGGCGAAAUAAAGUAUGACACCAGCCUGUCGGACGGCCAGCUCAGGAAGACAACGAGCAUUGCCAAGCUAAGACGCUACCGUCCGGACUUCACCUUUACGCCCGUCAAAGAAGGUAUAAAGAUGACCUGUGACUGGUUUGUGGCCAACUACAACAGUGCCCGCACAUGAGGAUAUAAGUAAUAAGUAAUACAUAUGAUAUUAGUAAUAUAAUUUAAUACCUGGGCAAGAUUUCACAUCAAGGAAUUAUUACAGGGCUUAUUGUUCCUCAACUUUUCCUAAAUAUAUCAUGAAAUUGUUAGAUGAUUUGGAGAGAACCUGAUAUUGAGUCUGUGUUAUAUACACAUGUAUAUAUUUUAUACAUCUAAUCUCUAUCUGUAUUAUUUGUAUUCAAAGUUCAGAUUGCCAUAUACAUGUUUUUGUAUAAUUAUUCUAGAUGAAACAUUUCAGAAUGUCCACAUGUACAAGAAAUCAUUUGACAUACCAUGAAAAUAAAACUGUGAAUGACAGAAAGGGUACAAAAAGAAACGGUUA